AUGAAAACAAACACAGAUCCCCAUCAAAUGGCGCUGACAUCAGUUGUGUAUAGGAAUCCUGUCACAAGUAACACUCAUUAUAAUGAACUUGAAGUGAGGCAUUCAUUGUUAGCUCGUCGAGCGACUAGUAUAAAUCGAAUAUCAAUUCCUGAACAUGCUUCUGCAACACUUACAUUUCACAAUAUUAAUUAUAUUGUUGAAGCCAAAUCAAUAUUAAACAAGCAAUGUUUGAAAUGUCCAAAUCUUCCAUUUUUCAAGGCUCAACAACAAAAACAAAUUCUGUUCGAUGUUUCAGGAAAAUUUAUGAACGGAAUGAAUGCUAUACUUGGUCCUUCUGGAUGUGGAAAAUCAUCAUUACUUGAUGUUCUUGCUGACCGAAAAGAUUCGAAUGAUCUUUCUGGACUUGUGCUAGUCGACGAAGCACCACGUCAUCCAUCUUUUAGAUAUACUGUUGGCUAUGUUGUUCAAGAGAAUAUUUGUAGUGGUACAUUGACAGUCCGUGAGAAUCUAUGGUUUUCAAUUAAUCUACGUAUGCCAAAAGAAAUAUCGAUGACUGAAAAGAAUCAACGUGUUACUUGUGUUAUUAAAGAACUUGGUCUUGAAGCUUGUGCCGAUACACGUGUAGGUACAGAUUUUCUUCGAGGUGUUUCUGGUGGUGAAAAGAAACGAACUUGUAUUGGUAUGGAAUUAGUUUUAUCACCCAAGAUCUUGCUUCUUGAUGAACCAACCACAGGGCUCGAUGCAUCAACAGCAAGCAGCGUUAUGAAUUGUUUGAAAGAUCUAUCUCAACGAGGACGUACUAUCAUAUUUUCUAUUCAUCAACCACGCUACUCCAUCUUUAAAACAUUUGAUACAGUAAUGUUUAUGUGCAAAGGUCGAUGUAUUUAUCAUGGUUCACCUAGAGAUGUGGUUUCAUAUUUUGCUACACAUGGAUAUCAAUGUGAACAAUAUGACAAUCCAGCUGAUUAUGCAUUAGAUGUUUUAAUUGAUGUUAGUCGAAACUUAGAUACAUUGAUGAGGUUAAAUAAUAUAUACAAUACUACGAACGCAAAUGUAUUAGCACUUCAUCAUAUAAAAGAAAGUUUAACCAAUAAUAAUAAUAUUGAGCAAGAACGACAAAAAUAUAAGAUAGAAGCAGCUCGUUCGAUCAAAGCAGAAAUUUUUUAUUUGUCACAGCGAACACUUCGAAAUACUGUACGUAAUCCAGCAUUAGCAUUGUCACAAACUCUUGUUUCUAUUGUUAUUGGUUUAUUAGCCGGAUUACUGUUUUAUAACUUAAAGAGAACGAUUGAACCUGGUGUUCAAAAUAGACUUGGUGCAAUUUUUUUCAUUAUACUGAGUCAGACUUUGAGCAAUUUGACAGCAAUCGAACCGUUGAUUAGUGAAAGUGCACUUUUCAUUCAUGAACGUACAAGUGGUUAUUACAGAAUCUUCACAUUUUUCAUUGCCAAAUUACUAUGUGACUUAUUACCUAUGCGUGUGAUACCAACAAUUCUAUUUUCUGGCAUCUCCUAUUUUAUGAUUGGUUUCAAUCGAACAGGUGGACAAUUCUUUAUUUUUCUAUUGACAAUUUUCAUGACUGGUCUAUUUGGAUCAGCUUUAUGCUUUUUCAUUGCAGCUACUAUACAUGUCUUCGCCGUGGCUUUAAUUAUUGCUAUUCUUAUUUUUGUCGUUAUGACAAUGUUUACUGGAUUUCUUGUCGAUUUGUCAAGUGUCUUUUCUUGGCUUUCUUGGAUUCAGUGGAUAAGUGCAUUUCGAUAUGCUUCGAAUAUGCUUACUAUUAGUGAUUUUAAAGGUCUCACUUUCUGUUUGUCAAAUGCAACCAAUUUCUGUCCAUUGACAGGUGAUGAGAUACUUGAUACACGAGGACUUGCUCAUGCUAAUUCAUGGGAUUUAUGGAAGAACUUUUUUGCAUUAACAAUUAUGUCUAUAAUGUUUUUUGUUUUCGCUUAUAUUCAACUUCUCAGAAUGAAGAAAACAAAAUAA